AUGUUGAGACGAGACAGAAUCUGCUUCCCCAGAAAGGAAGUGUGUGAAGAACCUUUGUACUCUGGGAUUGAGACGGUGAGUGUGGGAGUCAGCACAGAGCCCUGCCAUGCCAGGUGGGAGGUAGAGACAGAUGAAAUUGUUCUACAGCGGCGGCAAAAACAGAUAGAUUAUGGCAAGCGCACACCUGGUUACCAGUGUUUUCUGCAGCAGGUCCCCAAGGCAAAGCGACAGCCAGGACUUCACCCUCAAACACCAAACAAGAAGAGGAGGUACAGCCGUCGCUCCUGGGAUGCCCAGAUCAGGCAGUGGAGAAGAGCCCUACAUUCUUGGGACCCCCCCCAGCCAGCCCCUGCAGGGCAGGGUUCUGAGGGGCAGGGAAUGGAGCAUCUCUUAGAGCCAAUGGGUUCCACCCAUUUGGAUGACCUCCUGGAUGACUGGUUCCAGGUCCUGGAACCCUCAGUGAAUCUGGAUGGAGACCAGAAGGGAGCCCAGUUUGCAGACUUGGGGCUCCUGCCUACUCCCUUCCCUGGCUCUGUGAGGAAGAUCCCCACCACUGGUUCUACUUUCUAG